UUUGCUGUGUGACAGCAGAGUUGAACACGCAUCUCUGUCCUCUCUCUCUCUCUCUCUCUCUCUCUCCUCAGGUUCAGCUAAAGCAGAUAUAAUGGGAAAAAUACAAUUCAUCUCCUUGUCACUGAUAAGUUUAUACUUUCACAGUGCCACUACAUCUCCUGAACCAAAAGGAUGCCUCGACCUGAGUGUAGUGAAUGCAGCAGAGGUGGCACUGGACCAAGUUAAUGCAGCCAGAAAGGAAGGUUACAUCUUCUCUCUGAACAGAGUGUAUGAUGUCCUGCAAGAUGCAAAGGAGGAAGGGGAGAGCCUUUUACGACUGACGAUAGAUGUACUGGAGACAAAAUGUCAUGUGAUCAGCAAAAGAAAAUGGAAGUCAUGUGAAAUCAAGGCUAUCGGAGAUGUUCCAGUCUUCGGAAAGUGUGAUGUAUCUGUCUUCAUUCAGACCAACAUUACUUUACAUAACUUUAGUUGCACCAUCCAGCAAGUUCCUGCUGCUGCCAUCAUUGACACGUGUCCAGAUUGUCCAACAACAGAGAGCCUGGACGAUCCAAUCGUAGUCGAGACAGCCAAUCUUUCUCUUGAAAAAUUUAAUCAAGAGACAAACAUGUCUAAUUACUUUGUUCUUCUAAAUAUAACUGGGGCAAGCAUGCAGUGGGUUGUUGGUCCAUCCUACUUUGUUGAGUUCAUCAUACAGGAAACAGACUGUGCCAAAAAAGUGACUGAUGUAGACUGGACUCAGUGCCAGCCAAAGAAUGGGACACAUAUGAAUGGCUUCUGUACAGGAUCACAUAUUACGUUUGAUGAUGACCCUGAAGUGAUGCUCUCCAAAGAGGCCAGCUGGAUCAGUGGAACACACACUACUAUUGAAGAAGCUAAGAAAAAACUUUCUACCAGUGUCAGCUGUUCACUUUAUCAAGAAAUGCUCGAUAAUGAACCAGAGAACAGCAACAGGACAAUCAAAAACCCUUCAACCAUCCAAACUCCAUCUGGGUCUGUGCUGAUUCUGCCUCCUACACCCAUCCCAGUGUCCCCCAGAAUACCAGCAGCUGCUCCUAACUGCCCUGGAGAAAGGAGGCACAACCUUGGACUAGAGUCAGUGAAACUAUAAAUAAAAGAUCUUAUACCAAAGGUCACUCCACACUAUAAAACGUUCCACUUCUGCCAUACAACGCUAUAUUUUCCGGAAAAGAAAAUAAUAGCAGGUACAGCAAUUCUGCAUAUCUACAUCCAUGAAUCCGAGGUAGAUGGAUGAAGUCAAAAGUGAUUUGAGCAUCACCAUAGCAAUAGGCUAAUUAAUAGAUGACUAAAUAAAGUCAUAUCCCUUAGAACUGAAUGGAGCUCUUGUCCCCAGCAAAACAAAACAAAAACAGUGUCUCGUGAUUUUGAUGACUUGAACACCUUUGGUCACAAGGGGUUAUGAUGCAAUAAUUCCUUUUGAUAUGAAUCUUUAUUCCUACUCCUGGAGGUAAAAAAUGAAUUGAAAUCUAGGAGAGCAUUAUUGUAUAUAAAACACCAAGGUAACAGCAUCAGGAUACAACAGUACAGUUCCUUUCAAAUACAGGUGUAGAAAAGAAAUGCAGCCUGCAAUAAAACAAAUUGUAAAAGUAUGUUGCCUUGUGUUAUAACGGUUCUGUCGUUUCCCGCUAUAUUAUAUUGUAUUGUAGAUGUAUCCAUCCAUUUUCUAUACCGCUUAUCUUACCCAGGGUCAAAGGGAGCCUGGAGUCUAUAUCAGGGCAAUCGGGGCACAAGGCAGGGGACACCUUGGACAUGGUACCAACCCAUCGCAGGGCACAAAUGCACACAUAUUCACAUACUACAGGCAAUUUGGAAAUGCCAAUCAGCCUACAGUGCACAUCUUUCAAAUGACACCAGCCCCACUCAUUAUGUUUCAAUUGAUCAUAUUUAGUUCCCAGGACAGAGAAUGUGUUUAUUAAAUUGAUCAGAUUUGAAACUCUAUUGUUUCAGAUCAAACAUGUUGGAACAGAGCAGAUUCAUUGUGCACAUUGAGCUAGAUCAGAUGUGCUCUCAUACCAUGGGGUCAAAAUGCUUAGGAACAGGAACCCUGGUCUUAACGACUUUUUUUUUUUUUUUGCAAUGUUUAGAUAAAAUAUAAAGAAAUGCAUAUAAU